CCGCUGCCGGGCAGGGACGCGCCUCGGCCACCGGGCGGAGGCGGCUCCGCGCUCGGCGGAAACAAGGAGCGGGAAAGAAAGGAAGGGAGCGGCGGAGGGAACCGGUAUCGGCGGCCACCAUUAGCGGCCGCGGGACGAGCGGCUACAGCAGCAGCAGGCGCCGCCGCCGCCGCCGCGGGGGUCUGCGGGCGGAGCGGAGCCGGGUGCCGCCGCCGCCGCCGGCAGCGAGCGGGAACGAGCCCGCCGCCUCGCCCCUCUGUUCUGCGGGGCGGUGCCGCUGCCCGCCGGGGGCUCCCCCGGAGCCGGGGCGAGAUGGAGCAAUUGUCAGAUGAAGAGCUUGACCAUGGUGCAGAAGAAGAUAGUGAUAAGGAAGACCAGGAUCUGGACAAGAUGUUUGGGGCCUGGCUGGGCGAACUGGACAAACUCACCCAGAGUUUGGAUACGGACAAGCCUGUGGCACCGGUGAAGAGAUCACCUCUCCGUCAGGAAACCAAUCUUGCCAACUUCUCAUAUCGCUUCUCCAUGUACAAUUUGAAUGAAGCCCUGAAUCAGGGGGAGACUGUGGAUCUGGAUGCCCUCAUGGCUGAUCUCUGUUCCAUAGAACAGGAGCUCAGCAGCAUCGGGUCUCAUUCAGCAAACAAUGCUGCAGUGAAACGUCCUGCCACAGAAUCCAAAACUCAGAAACCACCUGCUAGUCGACCUUCUACUAAGCACAGCAGCAUGAAAGGAUUAUCCUCCUCCUCUGGUAAGGUGACUAAACCAUCACAUGCCAACGUGUCUUUGGAUGACAUCACCGCACAGCUAGAGAAGGCCUCUUUGAGCAUGGAUGAGGCAGCCCAACAGUCCAUUGCAGAAGACACCAAAGCAGCAGUUACUGCUCAGCACAGGAGGACAGCGUCUGCUGGCACAGUGAGUGAUGCUGAGGUGCGCUCGAUCAGUAACUCCUCCCGCUCCAGCAUGACCUCUGCAGCUUCCAGCAUGGACUCCUUGGAUAUCGAUAAGGUGACGAGACCUCAGGAACUGGACUUGACAUCACAGGGGCAACCAAUCACUGAGGAGGAACAGGCUGCUAAACUCAAAGCUGAGAAGAUUAGGGUUGCAUUAGAGAAGAUUAAAGAAGCACAAGUGAAAAAGUUGGUGAUCAGAGUACAUAUGUCUGAUGACAGCUCAAAAACAAUGAUGGUGGAUGAGAGGCAGACAGUGAGACAAGUAUUAGACAAUCUGAUGGACAAAUCACACUGUGGCUACAGUUUAGACUGGUCAUUGGUGGAAACCAUCUCUGAAUUGCAAAUGGAAAGGAUCUUUGAAGAUCAUGAAAAUUUAGUUGAAAAUCUCCUGAACUGGACAAGAGAUAGUCAAAACAAACUAAUGUUUGUGGAACGUAUAGAGAAAUACGCACUUUUCAAGAAUCCACAGAACUAUCUUCUGGGGAAGAAAGAAACCUCUGAGAUGGCAGACAGAAAUAAAGAGGUGCUGCUAGAGGAAUGUUUCUGUGGAAGUUCUGUAACUGUGCCAGAGAUUGAGGGAGUUUUGUGGCUGAAAGAGGAUGGUAAGAAGUCUUGGAAGAAACGUUACUUUCUUCUUCGGGCUUCUGGAAUCUACUAUGUCCCUAAAGGGAAGGCAAAGGUCUCAAGGGAUCUUGUGUGCUUUCUGCAGCUAGACCAUGUCAGUGUUUACUAUGGACAGGACUAUCGGAACAAAUACAAAGCACCCACAGACUACUGUUUAGUACUAAAGCAUCCUCAGAUCCAGAAGAAAUCCCAGUAUAUCAAGUAUCUUUGCUGUGAUGAUGUAAGAACUCUACACCAGUGGAUCAAUGGCAUCCGCAUUGCUAAGUAUGGGAAGCAACUAUACAUGAACUAUCAGGAAGCAUUGAAGAGAACAGAAUCAGCAUAUGACUGGACUUCCUUGUCUAGCUCCAGUAUCAAGUCGGGUUCCAGCUCAUCUAGUCUGCCAGAAUCUCAAUCAAAUCAUUCUAAUCAGUCUGACAGUGGAGUUUCUGACACCCAGCCAGCUGGACAUGUCCGUUCCCAAAGUAUUGUCAGCUCCAUGUUCUCCGAGGCCUGGAAACGAGGCACUCAACUGGAGGAAUCCAGCAAGGCCCGAAUGGAGCCUGUAGGUCGGCCCUUCGUGUCUGUCACAGCUCCUGUGUCCCCACAGACGAAGGUGGUGACCCCCUACACAGCAUCCCAACCAUCCCCUCCACUGCCCCCCCCCCCUCCCCCGCCCCCUCCUCCCCCUCCACCGCCUCCCCCGCCACCCCCGCCCCUGCCCAGCCAGGCUGCCUCGUCUGGGGGCUCCCCCGCCACCAUGUUUGUCAAGUACAGCACCAUCACCCGGCUGCAGAACGCUGCCCAGCACGGCGGGCCUUUUGCCAAAGCUCCCGCUGCACAGCAGGGCCCCCCGCCCCCCCCGCCCUCGGCAAAGCCUCAGAUCCUGGUGCCCCCCAACGGGGUCAUGCCACCCCCCCCGCCUCCGCCGCCGCCCCCCACGCCGGGCUCGGCCAUGGCGCAGCUGAAGCCAGCACCUUGUGCCCCCUCAGUGCCGCAGUUCACACCGCCACCGCCGCCCCCCAAGAUCCAUCAGGUUCAGCCAAAUAUAAGCCAGGCCACUGUUGCCUCCUCGUUGCCACCACCACCUCCACCUGUGCCUGCCCCCCCACCUCCCCAGGCACCCCCAAAGCCUGUCAUGGCAGCUCUGCCCCCUCAGCCCAGCGGGAAGGCAGCCUCACCAGGGGUCACACAUGUCACCCCCCCUGUGACAGCUCCCUUGCCCCUUGCAAUAAAGAAACAACCAAGUGUCACUUCUCCCCAGGUGCCUCCUCUGCCUCCAGUCCCUCCUGGCCCCACUCCCCCUGCAGCGUUCCCAAAGCAGCAGAGUUUCUCUGUGAAGCCUCCUCCAUCCCCUCAGUCCCCAGUGCCAUCAGUGGUGAAGCAGAUAGUUAGCCAGUUCCCACCUCCUCCCACCCCACCUGCUACUGAGCCCCAGCCUCUGAAACCCCUUCCACUGAGUGUGGCUCCACAGUCCCCUCCAGCAGUGAAGGCAAAGCCCAAAUGGCAGCCUGCUCCUGCUGCCGCUCCCUCACCAGAUUUCCCUCCUCCUCCACCAGAGAGCAGUUUAGUGUUUCCUCCUCCACCUCCUUCCCCAGCUUCCUCUGCAGGUUCUCCCCCCCCUGACAAAUCAGGGUCUCCAGUCAAAAAGGCCGGCAAGACAUCAAGCCCUGGAGGGAAGAAACCGCCUCCGACACCUCAGCGCAACUCCAGCAUCAAGUCCACAAGCUCCACUGAGUACCAUGAGUCCAAGAGGCCUUCAGUGGACCGCCUUGUCAGCAAAUUUGCACACCCACCAGAGCCGUCAGGGUCUCCUUCCAAGGAGUCAUCACCUCCUCCGGCCCCCCCAAAGCCAGGAAAGCUCAACCUUUCUGGGGUGAGCCUGCCCAUUGUCCUUCCACAAGGUGGGAUCCCAGCCAAGGCUUCUGCUCCGAGUAUAUCUGGAAAGGAACCUGUGGUUGAAUUCCCUUCACCACCAUCUGAUUCAGACUUCCCACCACCACCACCUGAAAUAGAUCUUCCUCCCCCACCAGUAGAAAUCCCAUCUGUGUUUUCGGGCAGCACCUCCCCAAAAGUCGCUGUUGUAAAUCCCCAGCCUCAGGCGUGGUCAAAACCAUCUGUGAAAAAAGCCCCACCACCCACACGCCCCAAGCGGAACGACAGCACCCGACUGACGCAGGCAGAGGUCGCAGAGCCCCCGGGGCCAGCUGGCCCUCAAGUGCCCACUUCACCCAAGUCCAGCCUUAGCGUUCAGCCAGGAUUCCUGGCAGACCUCAACCGGACGCUGCAGCGGAAAUCCAUCACCCGGCACGGCUCCCUCUCCUCCGCGCGGAUGUCGAGGGCAGAGCCCACCGCCACCAUGGACGACAUGGCCCUGCCUCCGCCCCCGCCGGAGCUGCUGGCUGACCAGCAGAAGACGAGCAGCUUUGGGGGCAGUCAUAUAUCUGGCUAUGCAACGUUACGGAGGGGGCCGCCCCCAGCACCUCCCAAAAGGGAUCAGAACACCAAGCUGUCACGGGACUGGUAGUCAGUCCUGAGGGGCCGCUGCUCUCCAUGACUCGUGGGCUGCUCUGUGAUCAGCCAGCCUGUGAUCUUGCGCACUUGGAGAGAAUGUGGGGAUGUGGAUGAUAGCCCCAUUAAAAGAGGUGAUCUCAAACUGCAGCUAAGGCUAAAUGUAAAGACAUUCCCCUCUCAUGGCUAGGCUAAAAAAGUUGGGGGGUUGGGGGUGUUGAUAUUUUAUUGGAAAAAGUGAGUAGAGAGGUAUCGGCUUCAUCCUUUCAAUUUCUUUUACCCUUCUUAUGGAUUGGACCAAAACCCCAUUUUCGUUCCUUUUCUGCGUUUAGGGGCGGGGGAGGGAGAUAAUUUUUUUGUAGUGUCUGUCCACGUGAGACAUGUUUGUGCAUGUAUUAUAAGUGUAGGUAUAUAAUAUAUUGUGAUAUAUUUCGUCGCAAUUAUAGAAGAUAACCAGAAUGUUUUUGUAGAACCGUAUUUAUUGUUUCAGUCAGUAUAUUACCUGGAAUCGGACUCUUAACUGGUCAAAUCUUACCACAAAGAUGGAGAUGUAGGGGGCACUUUAAAGAAAGGAAGAAAAAAAACCAAACCCAUGAACUUCUCAGCAGUUUGUGGUGCAGAGCCAGAGGUGUUCUGCUAGUAACUGUACAUGGUCCAUUGAUUGAAAAGUACAGAUUCAACAUACCAAAACAUUCUGGUCAUAAUACUACUGAAAGUGAGUAUGUUCUGAGGAAAAAAGUAGAUUUUAUAUAUAGUGGGCUGGAGUGAAAUAUAUUUAUACUAUAGAGAGCCUCCCCCUCCUCCCAAAUAGUUUAAAAAUAUACACUGCUACAAAUUCUUUCAAAGUUAUUUGUCCAUGCAGUUAAGUAGGAUAAAUAUAUGUUAUUCCAAAACAGUAUGCAUUCUAACUGAUGGUAGGCUCGAUCAUUUGUUUCCAUGGCUCAAGAUGAAUAUAUUUGUGUUAACCCCUUCUGAAAGCUGCCAGGACUCCUGCAGUCGAAAAUCCUGCCAACCCACAAGGCUGACCCACGCCGAUCGAUCACUUAUCCGAGUAGUUCUUUCCUUGAAUGAACAGGUAGGUUUCUGUAGAAAGGGUUCUGUUCUCACACAAGCAUACACAGCAUACAGUCUCACUUGCUCUGUGCCUGAGAAGAUGUACUAUCUUUACAAAAACAAGUGUCUGGAAAUAUGUAAAGAAAGUAUUGUUUAUAAUUCAUAAAAAAUUGUCAGGAAACUUUCCCUUCUAGAAAGAAAGAAGGGAGUGGCAAUUUCAGGCCAAGAGUAGUAGAAAUUCUAUUUUCUUUGACCCGCCAGAGACUGUGACCAAUGCAUUAACCUGUUAAUUACAAAGUUGCACUUCUAGCAGUGAAGGAAGAAGACUGGAAAAAAAACAACCUUAAGAGGCAAUAACAUUUGCUAAUAAUUUAAUUUAAGGGCCUAAAUCAGUAGAAAAUACUAUUGAUUUGCUUUGGUUUUUUGUGAGUCAUCUCUUUACAGUCAAUCACCAGAUCAAGUACUACAGUCCUUUUUCUUGUACUUCAGCAGCUUGAUUGUACAGUCUUACCCACGUACUCAGACUCUGUGAUAAAGUAGUGUAGGUAGUGUAAGUGGUCUUGUAUAUCAUGCAUGUUCAUUACAGGGUGGUGGUAUGCAGCCUGUUUGUAAAACAACUGAAAUACUUGGACUGUACCUACCCCAGCUUCCCUCAUCACCACGGGGAUACUGUCAAUAGGCUCAUAGGGCAAAUCAUUUCACUGUUUGCUUACCUUUUAUCCAAAAGCAAACUUUAAACGCUUUCCUUUCCCCAAAGAAUGAAACAAAGGCAGCGGCUUGACCUGACAGUAUCCUCACAUGUGUAGAAACUAUAUAAACUAAACUCUCAUUAGAGUAAUUGAGGAUGAUAGAUUUAAGAAAUAUUGUGACAGUGUCCCCCAUUCCUUUUUUUUAUAAAGUUUUUUUUAAAAAUCCAAAUAAUAAAAUAAAUGUAUUUGUCAAUAUUUUAUGAAUAGGAAAAAAAGUUUUGCUAAUUAGAGGGGGUAAAUGACACAUCUAUAACGAUAUAGUUUUAAAUAGAUGCAUCAUGAAAAGAGAAAAAUUAGUGGUGCUGUCUCUGCUGACCUGUUUCAUAUGAUUUUUUAAAAAUCUAUUUCAGCACCUCUGGAAAUUGUUUUAAUAUUUCAGACUAGUUUUUUUGAGCAAUAAGAGUAUAUACCAUUGUGUGCAUUUUUAAAGCACUGCUAUGGAAAGGCACUUUUUUGUAUCUUUCAAAUUGUUCACCAAGUUUUGUUUCUACUAUUUUUGUGCUUACAAAGUGUCCUUAAAAGCAUUUGCAUUGUUGAUUUUAAGCAUGCUCAGUGUAGCUGGUGAGUAACUUCACAGGAAGGCUGUUAAGCUAUACUGCAAUUCAUGGGUGCUGUAAUUUUCAACAUUGGUCCUCUUGCUGCUUUGUACUGUAUGCAGCUCCUGGGGCUCAGACACACCAGUGGAGCAAAAGGCACAGUCACAACUCCUCAGCUGUUACCAUGACGGGUAAGUGGGCACGUUCUGCUCCCUGGCAGGAUGCAUCCAGGCUGAUGCAGCAGGUGCUCCCAGGUGAGAGCAGGCAGGGGAUUCUGCUUGCCCCAUGUGCUUUUCUUUUCCCAGGACAGCUCCACUGGUGUGUGUCAGUUCCAGCACUCUUACAUUCGUUCAUUCAGUGCGGGUACCUCUGUGCUUUGAACUCAGCACAGCAAUGUUUUGAGUGCAAUUUCUUCAGAGUCAUUUGAGCCUUGUUCUCAUUUUCCUGUGCCCAUGUUCAUUUUCCCAGUAUCUUUCCCUAGGCAAUGAAUCCAUGCUUACUACUGCAGGCUGCAAACAGCUUGCUGGAAGACAGACGUUUAACUCUUUAGUUUGCCACAAAAAGAAUGAAUGUUAGCAAAGGUGGCACCCGUAUUCCUUCUUGUUACAGUUUACUUCCUAAGUCAGUGGUGAUCCAGAAAUACAGUGACUGGCUGCAGCUUCCCUUCUCUCAGCUAAACACUGAAAUUUGGCUACAAUGUGGUUCAGACAACCUGGUUGUCUUUUCAGUUUAGGAGACACACUGCCCCCCCCACUGUAAUUUAGUUUUCCGGUGUGUUUAUUUACUGCUUUCAUGAAAGUAAAUAGUUAUGCCUUAUUUGCAAGGAAGUUAUUUUCCCCUGUGUGCACUGGUCUCGUAAUUGCACCUAUUUAUUUAAAUCAGAAAAUUAAGGGGCUGGAUUGCAGACACACAGGAAGAUGCUUCCUGCUACAAACAUGGGCAGUAAGCCUUCCAGCACUAUUAAAAUGAGCGUGUGAAAGCUAAAUUUUCAUACUUCAGACACAAAGAGAGCUGGUGCUUUGAUCUCAAAAUACUAAAGAGUGUAAGGCUACUUAAAACCCCAGUUGUGUUACAGGAGGAAGUACAUGGCCUGUGACACUUAAGGUGGGUGUCAGGGAAACCCCACUGCUGCAGGGGCAGCUGAGGGCAUACAGCUGCUUUUGUAAUCUGUUCCAGAUUAGGUCUUCAUUUUCUCUCUCAUGCAGCAGGAGCAUCCACCUCUGAGCAGCAGGGUCGCUCCUGUUCAGCCAGGUUUCUCCAUGACUGCAGCACAGGUGUAGAAAGCAGGGAGCUGGCCUUCUCAGACACUUCUGUCAUAACUCAGAUGUUGGGAAGCUGCUUUGCAAGGGAAAACUAGGCUCUUCGAUCAGCACUAAUCUUAGAGGAGAAAUUAUUUUUAAAAACAAACACAGGUUCUGAACAAACCAUGGUAACAUGUUGGAGGUGGCUAUGCUGGGGAUUCUGAUUAGUAUUUUAAAACCUGUGGCUGGGAGAGGAGGUUCCUGCUUCACCCCACACAGUGCUUUCUUCCUGUGGCAAACCUCCACUGACUGCUCUGACUUGGUGUGUGACCUCAAAGCCAAAGAGCUCCUCUCCUGAACUUACUCUGCAAUUGCCUGCAGGGCAACAGUGACUGACUGACACAUCAGGGAAACAAAGUGAAGCUACCCUGGAUCACUUUGGUUUCAGGUCUGAUGGGAGAGGAAGCAGUUUUUUCAACAAGUGCAUUUUCACAUUUACUGUUCUGGGCUUACAAAUUUAAAGGUUUUCUAAUUCCUUCUUUCUGUGCCCUUAGGGAACUGGAUAAAUCAAACAAGCUCAGAGAUAACGUGUGGCCAGUUUUCCUCUGAUUUAAAAUCCUUUUUUCCACAGUUUAAGGAACCAAAAGUGCCAUUUCAACAGCAGAAGGGCAAAAGAGAAAUUUUCUGCUUUUUAUGGAAUAAGGCAUAGAACCAAAUUGUUUUGCUUCAGUGGUACCACUGCAGGUAAAUUUGUCUCUUAUUCAAAAUAAGAUGAUAAGUGAGUCUUACUAUGAUUGUUACUUCAACUAAUGUCAUGUUAAAAUCAGUUGCACUCCAGGAAAGCAGUAUAAACUCCUGGCAGAAGGUAGUGAGGAUACAGCCAGAACAUAUGAGUUUGGUUGGUUCCCUUUUUGCAUUGAUAAGGUGUAGAUUAUGUACUCAAACAGUGUACUCCUCAUUUGGAGGUGAGUCUUAAUUCUCUGGAGCCCAUUUGUGGCUCCUGGUGUUUAGUUUUGCAUUCCCUUGCACAAUCGGGGCAGACUCCAAACCAGAGAGAUUUAACACUACAAGGGAUAAUUUUCUUUUGGAUGUUUUUGUAACAUGCUGGGGGUAAGGUUUAUUUUGGAAUUAUAAGUUUGUCUUAAAUUCAGCAAUUUUCCUUUCUGAAUUCUUUCCUUCCUUCAAUUAAAAAGUGCCCACAAGACUAACCAAACCUGGGGUCUGUUGUAGGGGGCAGCACUCACUAACACUGUGAUCCACUGAGUCACAGGAUUGGUGUAGUUUUGAAAAGUUUAAGACACUAAACUGCAAAUGAGAUGACAAUGCGUGUGCAUCCCACACAGUGUAAGUUACAGGAACUGCCACUAACACGGGGAAAAUGGUGACUUGGGUUAAUGAUUAUUUGGUUCUGCAAGGCAGUCGGGGGGGCAAGGACUCAAGGAGCUCUGUUCAGCAGAUGUGUGUAUCUUUGCUGACAGGAGUUAGAGAAGUUGGAAGACCAGGAGGAACACGAACUAGCGCUGGAUGCACAAUCCCCCACGGCAGGGACUUAGGGAGAUAAAGGAGUGAGAAGGAAUUUGAGUGACACAUUUUGGACCCUACCCCCUCCAUAUUUAAAUGCUUAAAGGCAACUUGUCUUUUAGGCAACUUGUCUUUUAGGAGACUUUGGAACUGAAUCAGCUGUUCCCUACAGUGGAAAAUAAUUUCCUCCCAGCUUUCCCAAGAUGCCAAAGAUGCAUUCAGAGCUAAAUUCCAGGUACGCAGAUGUGCUUGCACCAGCCUCGAGAGGCCAAGUUGCCAGGAGCUGAUGUGCUGCUGAUCUGCUGCAUGUGUCUGGCAAGAGAACAGGGUGCCACUGUUAGAUGUUGUGCAUCCAUUGCCUUUAACCAACACUGGAAACUGGGUACACACCUGCAAGGGGUGGGGGCAAAGGACAGUUUAGCAAUCCAACCUGUGCCACAGUGCCCUGCUGCUGAUUUGGUGCAGCUUAUACUUCUAAAAGGAAAACUAAAUGCUUUGUCACAAGUUGUAACCGGAAAUUUUAGGCCUCCUAGUGGACUGCAGUGGACCAGGACUUAACUGGAGCAGCAGUUUGUUUUAUGGCUUACUGUAAUUGUUACCAGCCACUGGGAAUAUUCUGUAUAAUACUGGAGACGCAAGUGUAAGAAAAAGUGUCACUGCAAUGAUGAUUUGUCUGUGCAGCAAACUUGUGCUGAGUGCUGUAAAUACAUUCAUGUUUACUGCUUUAAAAAGAAAAUUGCACAUUUUAUCUUUUAAUGGGAUUGCCUCCCCUCUUCUUCCCUUUCCAAAAAGAAAAAUCAAAGCUCUUUUAGACUGAUAGUUUCAGGUUGGGGGGAGCUUUGCCAUAUUAUAAAUAUAUAUAAAUAUAUGUAUAAAUAUACUUUUUUAAGCAUGAGAGAGGACAAAAGAAAUACUACAUUAUAGAAUACCCAAUAUAGAUCAUUAUACAAUGGAAUAUGCACAAUUCAAUAAAGAUGUAGUUAAAUUUAAUAACCUGUUUUAA